UAUGGUCUUUAGUUUGAAGUCAAUCCCACCAGAAGCAGAAGUGCGCACUAAUAUCAAACCUUUACUGAAGUAGAUUGAAAAGGUUUAAAUCCAGCAAUUUCAACUUUAUUUGUUUCAGUGAUUAGGAUAUGUUACCCCUUUAUGGAUGAAACCUGAACUAAAAGUUGGUACUUGGAUGAAAUCUCUUUGCGUAAAGGAGCGCGUCUGAAUCAUAUUGCGCAGAAUCUCUGGAUUAGUUUGCAGGAGUGAGGCGCAUCUCCAUCUCACAGGAUGCGAGUAGCGCGCUGAAUGUUGUAGCAUGGUUUUAGGCAGGGGGAACUAAACUUGCGCAAAGAGCCACAUUCUGCACAAGUAGAGAUUGUUUGUCUCAAGUAUAGGUGAUACAAUGUCAGCCAUUCGGAGGAAAUUUGGUGAGGACUAUCAGGUGGUGAACACCAACCGGAGCAUGACUUUUUCUGCACCAGUAAAGAGAAAGAGGCAACGCUUUGUGGAGAAGAACGGCCGCUGCAACGUCCAGCACGGUAACCUUGGAGGGGAGACCAGCAGGUACAUCUCCGACCUUUUCACCACGUUGGUGGAUCUCAAAUGGCGAUGGAACCUGCUCAUUUUCAUCCUCACUUACACAGUAGCGUGGCUGGUCAUGGCUUCAAUGUGGUGGGUAAUUGCAUACAUCCGCGGCGACCUGAGCCACGGGGGACACGACUCGUCCUACACCCCGUGCGUCGCCAACGUAUACAACUUUCCCUCAGCGUUCCUGUUUUUCAUCGAAACCGAAGCGACCAUCGGCUACGGCUACCGCUACAUCACGGAAAAAUGCCCCGAGGGUAUCAUCCUCUUCCUCUUCCAGUCUCUGCUGGGCUCCAUCGUGGACGCUUUCCUAAUCGGUUGCAUGUUCAUCAAGAUGUCGCAGCCGAAGAAGCGCGCGGAGACGCUCAUGUUCAGCCAGGACGCAGUGAUUUCGCAGCGGGACGGGAAGUUGUGCCUCAUGUUCCGAGUGGGGAACCUGCGAAACAGCCACAUGGUGUCCGCACAGAUCAGGUGCAAACUUAUCAAGUCUCGGCAGACCCCUGAGGGUGAGUUUCUGCCCCUGGACCAGUGUGAGCUGGACGUAGGUUUCGGCACGGGAGCGGACCAGCUUUUUUUGGUGUCACCACUAACCAUCUGCCAUGAGAUCAACACCAAGAGCCCGUUCUUUGAUCUAUCACAGCGCUCGCUCAUGAAUGAGCAGUUUGAGAUUGUUGUUAUUCUGGAGGGCAUCGUAGAGACCACAGGUAUGACAUGUCAGGCAAGGACAUCUUACACUGAGGAUGAAGUUUUGUGGGGCCAUCGCUUCCUCCCUGUCAUGUCACUGGAAGAGGGCUUUUUCAGAGUUGAUUACUCUCAAUUCCACAACACCUUUGAGGUCCCCACACCUCCUCACAGUGUCAAAGAACAGGAGGAGAAGUCUUCACUGACGUCACCCAAUCCCCUACCUGUUGCACCUACUCCCUCCUCCCCUUUGCUGGGUAAUGGUAGCCGGGGAGGCCGACGGGAAAGGCUCCUGUCUGCCGACAAUGCAGACCACACAGAGGACCAGGCUUCCAGGCUGCCCAGCAAACUAAAGCGUAUGAGCUCCACCAAGGAGGAGCAUCUGUGGAGGGCGCUGAAGACGGGCCCAACCUUGCCUGGGGAUAAAGCCUACAGCACAGGAGACCUGCCACUUAGUAUUCAGAGGUUGAGGUCCAGCUCCAUCACAGCCGCAAGGCAAGGACAACCAGAGGAGCAGGUACAACUGUUGUCCUUGGAUGGAGAUGCUGAGGAAAAUGAUGUGGAGAAACAGAGACUGCCAGCAGUCAUAAGCACCAUUGCAGCUCCAUCCCCACCAUUAGUGCAGAUCCCUUUGGUAGGGAGUCGGCCAGACGAGAACCUGCCUCCCAAACUGCGCAGAAUGAAUGCGGAUCGCUGACUGCUCUACCCGUAGGAAUAAAACCCCAAAACUCAAACAGGCUAAAUGGGCAUUGCAUUUAAAUACAGACUCCUGUGAUAUAGUUUUUUUAUUUUUCUUGUCUUGCAGCAAUUUUUCUUUAGUUCAUUUACUUACAAGCGCUAUACCAAGUUGUCCAUUGUUACAAAUAGAAGGGCAACGCUAAUAAGCCAUCCCUCCGCUCAUACUGUGAGUCAGUUUUGAUAAAUCACCAUCUGUGCCCCCCCACUGCCUCCUAACACUUCUGUCUAUGUGCUUGUUUCUUUUAUUUCAGCUCAUAGUUGCAUCAAAUGCUGUCUUAUAAUCAUUAACUACUGUACCUGUACCUUUUUAAUUUCAAAGCACCAAAGUGAGAGUUAUACAUGAGCUGCAUUGACCAUUUGCUAAAGCUGCCCCCCAAAACAGUGAUGGUCUAGAAAGUGUUUGAUGAAGAUUAUCAGGCUGUUGGUAUUGCAAUGAGUGUGAAGGGUAGUGUCCUUCCUUAGUUUCUCAAUAAACAGAAGUUUGUUAAUCUGCAAUUUAAAUGAUUAAAUUCCAGUAAACAGCAGGUCCAGCAUGUCCAGCAGGGACAGUGUUUAUACCUGCAGUGGAAGUUAGAUAUUACUUAAUUAAGACAAGGCAUCUGGAAUAUUAAUUGCGUUCAGCCAUUAGCCUUAGUUCCAGUCUAUAACCACAGUUUAAUGUAUAUAGGAUCAGGUUCAUAUUUAGGGUUAUUAAUUAGUCCCCUUAUUCCAGGUCUUUCUACUGGUCUAGAUCAAGCAGGAUGUUAUUCAUUAAGCCCAACUUAUGAAUCUAACAUUAGCAUAUUUUGCUGUUAAGAUACCAACAUGUUCUCAAGGCAUUAUGAAUAAAUAAUAUGUCAUUUCUGGCAGAUCUAUACUAAUAUGAAGACUUUUGAGUGUUUUUUAAAGCUUUUAAAAUAAGGAUUAAGGGUAAGUGUUUGGGUAAAAGUAUACAGCACAAUGUCAAUGCUAUUUAAUCACAUGAAAAAACACAAAAUGCAUAGUACUGACAUACAGUUUGACUUGUGCUACUGAUGCACUUUUUCGCCAGAUCAGGCUGAAUAUACAACAAGCAAAAUAUCUAUUUUUUCACAUCUAGAAAUGAGAACCUGCUCCGGUUUUUCUGACUAUUAAAAUCAAACACCCAUUAUUCUUAAAUUCAAUAAGACUUGGCAAAUGUGUUGCCAUUGUUGCUGCAAAUCAUGCAAAUGGAGAGUGAGAAUUAAAGGGUUGGUACUAGCUUGGAUGAGCUGAAUGACAGCUCCUCUGGGAUUGGUUGUUAGACUGUUAGACUUGGGAUAAAAAUUGGCUCUUCAAUUAUGAGUUGACUCAAAUCACUAUGGCCAACUAUUUGCAGAUAAGUACCUCACAAAAACACAGCAGAAAAAAAUAAAUCCACAUUAGGGUUCUUCAUUCAUAUUUGUAGAACAUUUUUAUAAAUACCUUUAGAAGACAAUAGGUACUAAACUUUUUACAUUAUUAUAUUUUUCUAACAGUUUAAUUAACUUGUUAUUGUUAAUAAGUAUUCAACAAA